AGACUCUCAACUUUCUUUCCAACAAUUUUCUCGCCGAUUUACUUCCCGCCAAAACACACUGUAUCCCUUCGGCGCCGCUUCACCGAUCCUCGCGCCUGUCCUCCGUGUCGGAACUCUCUCUGCCUCCUCAUUUCCGUCAGUAGUCUAGGGAAAUUGUUUGAUAAACAUUUCAAGUGAAUAGAUUUCCACUUGCAAAACUUAAAGCUUCUAGCUCGGCCGAUGUCAUGAAUACAGAAGAGAAAGAUACGAUUGGCGGAGAAUCUUCCCUUCAUUUUCCCACACCCGAUGGCAACUCUGAUCAUUUGCUUCAUUUACUCUAUGCUUUAGAUUCACAAGGUUGGCCUUUGCUCUCUCCUCUGAACGUUCAGUUGCAUAAGUGUGACAAAUGUUCUCGAGAGUUUUGCUCCCCCAUGAACUAUAGAAGACAUAUUCGUGUAGAUCAUAGGAAGAAAAAUCUUGAUAAGGAAUUUACAAAAAAUAGGGAUCUUUUAGAAGCAUAUUGGGAUAAGCUCUCUGCAGAAGAGGCAAAGGAAGUUAUAUCAUUGGAAAAUGUGGUGCUGGAGGAAGUUCCGGGUUCUUCAAUUUUAAAAUCAUUGAAAACUCUUGUUCUAAACCAAAGGUUUUAUUCAUUUCCUGCGCAUUAUCUGAUGGCUGGUACUGUCCUUUUGGAUAUUCUUCAAGCUAAAUCUUCCAGCUUUCCUAUAUCUUCCCAAGUGUUGUUCAAUAUUCUUGAUGAGGCCAGUGAAAAAACAUUUUUAUGCGGAACAGCGGAGUCAGUGCAAAGAUAUGUAUUUGUUGGAGAUGCGGGAAAUAAUGGUCUUGAACUGAGAAACAUAAUUGCUUUCACAAGUUUCCUGCUAGAACAAAAAUUGGUGAAGGCGUGGCUUACUGCCAAGGAAGCCGAAGCACUUAGGUGUCAGAAGCAAUUGGUGGAGGAGGAAGAAGCUGCUCAGAAAAGACAAGCUGAGAUUUUGGAGAGGAAACGCCAGAAGAAGCUUAGACAAAAAGAGCAGAAAGCUAGGGAACAAAGACACAAAGCUGAGGCAGAAAUUAACGGCUAUAUUGAGAGUGCUGUAAAGGCUUUAUCACUGAGUGAAGCAUCUUUAGAAACGCACAAUUUUGAAGCUCAUAAUCCGAAUGCAUUUUCAGACAACGUAGCUUCACCUGUACCUCCCCAAUAUAUUGACACCAAUAAGGAAAUAAAUGAGGAUACUCGUUCGGAGUAUGAUACUAUCGCUGAUCAGAAUCUUGAGAGAUGGUCUGAAGCUGAGGACUUGCAUACAGACCAGAUUUCUCCUCUUCCAAACUUUGAAGUCAAUCAGAAACAUGAAGCUCAUAAUCCGAAUGCAUUUUCAGAUAACGUAGCUUCACCUGUACCUCCCCAAUGUAUUGACACCAAUAAGGAAAUGAAUGAGGAUAUUCGUUCAGAGUAUGAUACUAUCGCUGAUCAGAAUCUUGAGAGAUGGUCUGAAGCUGAUGACUUGCAUACAGACCAGAUUUCUCCUCUUCCAAACCUUGAAGUCAAUCAGAAACAUGAAGCUCAUAAUCCGAAUGCAUUUUCAGAUAACGUAGCUUCACCUGUACCUCCCCAAUGUAUUGACACCAAUAAGGAAAUGAAUGAGGAUAUUCGUUCAGAGUAUGAUACUAUCGCUGAUCAGAAUCUUGAGAGAUGGUCUGAAGCUGAUGACUUGCAUACAGACCAGAUUUCUCCUCUUCCAAACCUUGAAGUCAAUCAGAAACAUGAAGCCAACAAUGAUAACAAGGCAUCAGCUAUUGGUCGUGGUAGUGAAGUAUGGAGUCCAAAGUCUGAAGAGGAAAUUGACAAGGUGGUUUUAAAAACCACACAAGAGAAAAAACCGGACCAACUUAAGAACCAACUUUUGAUAGGAUCUAUAUCUAUUAAUAUUGACAAUUGCAAACAAUCAGAGGGUAAUAUGGUGACUUCUCAAAAGGAUUCUAUGGUUGAGAAUGUGGGUAAGGAGAAUAGUUCUUGGGAUAAGCCAAUGAAUACUGAUCCUGUCAGCCAGCAUGAAACUGAAGAUCAAGUUCCAGUUCAAAGUGACGAGACAGAAGUAAGCAUGGGUAGUACAGAGAGAACAGCGGAUAUUAGAAGAUUCCAGUCCUUCAUCCAGGAAGCAAAAGCUUUCCUUGCAAGAAGAUGGGAAGAAGCUCUGGCAUCAGAUCAUGUGGUAUUGCAUAUUAGCUCUGACUCGGAAUCUUCAUCGUCCGAAGAAACGCAGGAUUCUAUAGCAGAUACCAAAUUGCCUGCAACCUCCGGAGCAAACCCGGAUUGAUGAAGUCUGAAAAGGGAACCAAGAUAAAGUAUGUUCCCAAACGGAAGACAAAUACCUGAUGUGAAAGAAUAAAUUGGAUUAGUUUAGUUGUACAGAUAUACAGAGUUUGAUUUUGUUGCCAAUUAGUUUGUUAGCAGACGUCCAAGUUUUAUCGGAUGGUCUUCUGCCACAAUGUUGAAAGCAGGUUUUGCCUGAUUUCUUUUUUCUUCCGCCCUUUUCCUCCUAAAAGAUUUCAUAUGGGAUAUAGGCUACUUAGUUCUUUUUUUUCUUUUUUAGUUGUUAUAGUUACCAUUUUUUUUAAUAAACUUCUUUUCUUUCCGUA